AUGUCGAAAGCGGAGGAAUUCAAUGAAGUGAAAUUGCAUCGACACGACAAGCUGAUGUUGAACAAGCUAAAUCAGCAUGCCGAUAUAAAAUUCAGACUUUCUGGAAAAGUAAAAGACACCGAAGGAAAGGUUUUCAUUAUGAUUCAAAGCGCAUUAGGCAAUAUACAUCUCGAAGACGUGCAAAACCGUUUCCAAGUUAACGUGGAAUCCAAAAUCAUCCUCCAGCAUGGACAUCGAAUCAUAAAAUGUUUCAUCGAGCUGGCGGCAUAUAAAGAGAAUGUAAAGCUUCUGAGAGUAGCAAUAGAUUUAGCGAGAUGCAUCAAAGCCAAAAUGUGGGAUGAUUCUCCUUUAUUGUUGAGGCAACUUGAUGGAAUUGGUGAACAGUACGCGAAAAAGCUUGCGGAUGUUGGGAUAUCGACUUUUGAGCAAUUAAAGGAAAGCGAUACAUGGAGGAUUGAGAUGAACACGCUAAUAAAAGUUAAUUCGCAAAAGAUUCUUUCGGAUGAUGAAAUGUUGGAAGAGAUACAAGAUGUUUCGAUUGAAAACGAAGAGAAACGAAAGAACUCCGCGUCUCCCAAACCUCCGUACGAUAGGCAAUUCACUCCCGACGAACCAUUGCUUAAAACAAGAAGGAUUCGAAAUGCCGGAACGGCCACGAUUUGUUCCGGAUUCGACAGGUUAAUUCCGGAAGAAGUUGAAGACCUUUCGGAUUUCUUGUCAGACGACGAUAAGCUUAUAGAUCCUCAAGAACUUGAAAGGCUCCUCUUGAGUACGGCAGCCGAAGGAGCAUCGAAUGGAAAAAAAGAGAAAUCGGUUGAGAACGAUUUGCCCGAAACGACUGAAGAGACGGGAAAACCCUUUGAACGGAUAUCACCUUUUUAUGAAGAAAACGAAUGGCAUGAUUGGUGGGAUGUUGAUGAACUUGAAGUACGGGAAAAUCAAGUCAUAAACACAACAGAAGAAAUCGAUCAAAACCAACAGCCGCGAUUUAAAGAAAUCCCUCGUCUAACAGACGAACCAAUGGUAACCGAUGACGAAGGGGAGGUUUUCGAUUCGGUGAAAGACCUGGAAACGGACCAACUCGCCAUCGAAGAAUCUGGCGGGCUAAAUGACGAAUCCAUGGAUUCCAACACUGGACUCGAAAAGCAACGGUUGCCUACUGAAGACGGGACACGUUUCAAAACAUUCACGGAAGCUUUGGUUAUUCUUGAUUGUGUACUUCAAAAGAUUACCAUGUAA